GGUCACUAUCGUAUUGCCUUCCCUGCCUCCUGUUUGUUCCACAUCCGAUGACCAUGCAAGGAGAAGAAUCGAUUCUGUUGCAUAACCUUGCAUAGGCAUGACGCUGUUUGGCAGUGUCAGGAUCACGGUCUCCGAUUGAGUUUGUUGAAAGAGGAUCUUCGAAUGAUUCAUUCGCCCUCAAAAAUCUUGGUUCGACCUUGAAGACAUGAUGAUCUCGCCUUUUUCCAAAGCGGGACAGAUGGCCUCUGUCAAGAGGAAUGAAUCAGAGACACAGUUGCUAGCUGGCUCUGUUGAAUCAGUGCAUUGAGUCGAACAGAAUCUUGGAGAAACAAAAAGCUGACAGUUGGAGCCAUCAGCAAGGAGGAAACAAUUCGGUUCCGCAUUGGCUUCUCCCAUGACAAUCUCUCAUUAUACGAAUAUACCUUCGAUUUAAUACUGCAAAUAAUGAGCUUCUCAAGCAAGCUUUGGCUGCUUCUGGCGGUGCUACCCGUUACGGGCGCCUAUGUUACCUCACACGGUGCUGUUCCUGUGAAAAGACAACAAAAAUGGUUGAGGGAAAUGACAACCGAUAUUUGUCAGCAGCCACCAGGAGAGCUCACAGAAGACAUGCUUCAAAGGACACCACACCUUAUGCAUGCCUGGUCUGAUGCCAGAAUUGGAGGAGGCAAGGAAUCUGCUUUGGCUCUGGAAUCUCUCUUGGUGAGGUUGGCCGAGGAAAGAAGCAUGGGGAAUGAUCAAGCCAUUGCCUCAACCGAGGAUUACAAUUGUUUACUUGAGGUCUGGGCUCACUCCAGAUCGGGCAUUGCAGCAGCUGAAAGAUGUGAGCAAAUAUUGACAGAAAUGGAAGAUCGAUUCAAACUAGGCGACAACACUGUGAAGCCAGAUUUGAAAUCGUUCAAAGCGGUUUUAAUGGCGUGGAAGUUGGCAGACGGGGCCAAGUUUGCCGCCGUGAGAGCACAGCGCAUUUUGGAAUGGACGAUUAGGCUGGCAUCGACUGGUGAAAACGAGGAUGUGCUACCGGAUGCAGAUUGCUUUGACAUUGUCUUGCAACUAUGGUCCAGGUCGGGUCUUCCCGAUGCUCCUGCGAAGACGGAGCAACUCUUUGCGACAAAGAUGGAUUCUGUCAAACCGAGGACUGCUUCAUAUAAUGCUGUGUUGGCGGCAUGGUGCAAAUCAAAGAAAGGAGGAGCAACAACUCGCGCUUACCAAAUUCUGGGCUUUAUGGAAGGAAGAGCUCAAGCAGGUGAUGUUGCGGCUGCUCCAGACGAAGCAUCUUAUACCGCCGUUGUCAGCAGCUUGUUGAAGAGUCCAGGCGCCUUGAGUGCCAGGAGGGCCGAAGACAUCCUGCGUCAGGCCGAAGCCCGAAUUGCACCCCAGGCCCCUGACACAAUCUUGUACAAUACUGUGAUUGGAUGCUGGGCGAGAUGUAACAAGGGCAAAGCGUACAGGAAAGCACGGUCAAUACUGGAUAGACAAAUCAACAACUUUGAACAUGGAUUGAAGAGAAGCAAGCCAGAUGUGUAUGGGUUCACCUCGGUCAUUGCGAGCUGUUCCAUGGAACCAGGCGGUAGCGAGGAACGCACGAAAGCUUUUCACGUUGCACUGGGAGCCUUUCAACAAAUGAAUCGCUAUGAUAAGCCAAACCAUGUGACUUAUGGAACGAUGUUGAAAGCUGACUAUUUGCGGCACAAGUGGGCCAAGAAGAUCUUCCGUCAGAGUAUCCGAGAUGGUCUUGUGGGUGACAUGGUAAUCAGUCGAAUGCGGGAGUCCGUGUCACCGCCAAUUUUCAGGGACCUUAUGCAGGGGCAUUCAAGGCGCAACCUUCCCGAAGCAUGGUUUUGCAAUGUUCAUGAGAAAAGGAAGGAAAGGGCCCAGGGGGGAAACAAGAAGAGACGCAAACGAGCCGAGGUGUAA